AUGUCGGCCUUCCCUACGGAUCAAGUCAUCGAUAUCGACGAGAACAUCACCGUCGAUCAGGCGGCUCUCAAGCCAGACGAGUAUCAGAGGAUCAACGAGGAAUACAAAAUCUGGAAGAAGAACACGCCCUUCCUAUAUGAUACGGUCCUCUCUCACGCUUUGGACUGGCCUAGUCUGACUUGCCAAUGGCUUCCCGAUGUAGAAAGCCCGGCCGGCGAGAACUACACCAAGCACCGUUUGAUACUCGGCACCCAUACGUCGAGAACGGCCAAGGACUAUUUGAUGCUGGUCGAGGUCAUUCUGCCCAAGACUCACGCUGGUAUCGAAGGAGAGGACCAGGAUGCUAGUAAUGAUCGCAACAAGGAGGGGUCGGCCAACAAGGGCAAAAGGGUGGAUGUCUUGGCUGACUACAGCGAGACUCGUGGAGAACUGGGCGACUACAACCCUCUAUCUUCGGCACGCAUGCGAAUCAUCCAGCGUAUCAACCAUCAAAAUGAAGUCAAUCGAGCACGUUAUAUGCCUCAGAAUCCCAACCUUAUAGCUACCAAGACCGUCAGUGGAGACGUCUACGUGUUUGACAGGACCAAGCAUUCGAGUGAACCUGGAACGGACGGGAUUUGCCGACCCGACAUCAAGCUGAAGGGACAGAAGAAAGAGGGGUACGGACUAAGCUGGAGCACUUUGAAGAGCGGUCAUGUGCUCAGUGCAAGUGACGAUACUACUGUUUGUCACUGGGACAUUCAAUCCUAUCAGAAGGGGAACAACUCCUUGGACCCUCUGAGGACGUAUCGUGGACAUACUGCCGUGGUAGAGGAUGUUGAUUGGCAUGCCGAGGACGCAAACAUGUUUGCAUCAGUGGGAGACGACAGGAAAUUGAUGAUCUGGGAUACGCGAUCAGAAAACUACAACAAACCGUCGCAACAGGUCGAAGGUCAUGCGGAAGAAAUUAACGCGGUAGCUUGGUCGAAAGCGUCACCGACGCUCAUGUUGACCGGAUCAGGGGAUCACACGGUGGCUCUCUGGGAUAUCAGAAGACUUGAUCUAAAAUUACACUCCUUCGAGGCUCAUCACGACGAGGUUCUGCAAGUCGCCUGGUCCCCACACGAUCCCACCAUCUUUGCGUCGUCCUCGACCGAUCGCCGGGUACACCUAUGGGAUGUCUCGAAGAUUGGCGAAGAGCAAACCCCGGACGAUGCCGAGGACGGUCCGCCCGAACUGUUGUUCGUGCAUGGCGGACACAGCAAUAGACCGACAGACCUGUCGUGGUGCCCCAACCCGGAAAAGCGGUUCCACCUGGCGACUACUGCCGAAGACAACGUCGUCAUGGUGUGGCAACCUAGCAAGAAUAUCUAUGGAGGGGACGAGCUCACCAUCUCGCCGCAAGAACUCGAAGCGGAAACGGAAUAA